AUGACGACGGCCAACCUGUUCGAUUUGGAUGCCGAGCUCGGCAGCGAAGAAGAUGAGGAGUUCGAGGGCGACGAGGAAGAAGCUCCUCGUUCCAAGAAACAAAGGUCGUCUGGCAAUCUGGAUGAUUCCAGUGAAGAAGAAGAUGAUGACGACGAGGAGGCUGAGAGAGAGGUCCGAGAAGGGUUCAUAGUAGACGAAGACGAAGACGACGACGGGGAUCAAACCGCGCGCAGACGCGACAAGAGGAAGCGCAGACGAGAGGCGCGCGAGGCCGAGGAUGCUUUGCUCGACGAGGAGGAUCUGGACUUGAUUGGCGAGACACAUCCCGACUACCAACGUCGUCAGGAGGAGCAGAGCAAGUUCAAGCGUCUGAAGCGUGGCCACCGCGAAGACCGGGAUCGCAACGAAGCGCGCGGCAUCGACGACAUCUUUAGCGACGAUGAGGACAUGGCUGACGCCGACGGCAGAGCGUACGGCCGCGAGCCCAGAGCUUACGCAGACGAGUUUGCCGACUUUAUUGAAGAGGAUGAAUUCCCAGAUGAGGAGCGCGAAGCCAUGCGCGACGAAGCCGAAGUACGACGACCAGGCAGAGGCUAUGUCGACCCACUGCGCAUGCAGAGUGGACUGGACGAGUCGGCCCAGGAAGACAUGAUGGCCGCCUUUGGUGACGGUACUGAAUACGACUGGGCUCUGCAACUACAAGAGGAGGGUGAUGAGAACCAGGAAGGCCUGGACAAGCCGCUGGAACUCAAGGACGUCUUCGAGCCUUCGCAAUUGGCCGAUCGCAUGUUGACCGAGGGUGAUAACAUCAUCCGCAACACCGACGUGCCCGAACGCUACCAGCUCGCCCGCCAGCCCUUCAAGGAGAUGGACCUGUCCGACGAGGAAAUGACGGCCCGCAUGCAGGAAGAGACACACUGGAUCUCCGACUUCCUUCUCCCCAAGAAGCGUCUGGAUCGUGAUCUGGUCGAGCCUUUCCGUGAAGUCGUCGGCCACGUCCUACGUUUCAUGAACGUCGAAGAGCUCGAAAUCCCCUUUAUCCUCCACAACCGCAAGGACUAUCUCAUCCACGAGGAGCGCGUCCCGAUAUCACCCAACGCAAACGACCCAGACGCCCCCGAGUAUGAGAUCAAGGCCUCGAGACUGUUGCAGAACAGCGACCUGUGGGAGAUUUACGAGCUGGAUCUCAAGUACCGUGCCUUUGUCGAGAAGCGUGAAGCCUUGUCAAGGUCGAUUGAGAGCAUCCGUGAAUCCAUGCUUGACUCGAAUGACGAAAUCUUCAACGACAUGAUCCCUGCCGCUGUCACCAUGGAAGAGCUCCAAGACGUCCAGGACUAUCUCCACUUCCAGUACGCCGCCCAACUCAAGGAUACUACUGUCUACGACGCAGAGACAAACGGAACACAAAAAAGAGCUAGGGGAACACGCAACAUCUGGGACAAGGUUCGUGCUGGACAGGCUUACCACCUGGUCAGAGCAUUCGGCAUUUCAGCAGACGCUCUGGCGCAAAAUGCCCUCAAGAUUGGUACAAGGCAGUACACCGAGGAUCCGACAGAAAGACCCGACGAUAUGGCCGACGCGCUUGUUGAUGGAACCGAAUACUCCAACAGCCAACAGGUUAUGGCUGCUGCAAAGGCCAUGUUUGCCGAGGAGCUCGCCCAAAGUCCCCGCAUGCGCAAGCUUCUUCGUCAAAACUUCUACCUUGAUGGUGUUUUCGACUGUUACCGCACUGAGAAGGGUUUGAGGAGAAUCGACGAAGAGCACCCAUACUAUGAGUUCAAGUAUCUCCGAGGCAAGGAUCUCAGAUCAAUCGUCUCCAAGCCUGAGCUGUUCUUGCGCAUGCUGAAGGCUGAAGAUGAUGGUCUUGUUGAGGUUCGCGUUCGCAUGGAAGUCUGGGACAGAUUCAAGGACAGUCUCUACAAGAACAUCAUGUCCGACAAUUUCAGCGAGCUUGCAGAUGCCUGGAACGCUCUUCGCAGAGAAGUCUUGGACAUGGCACUUGACAAGCUCACUCGCAUCAUCGUCAAGGGUGUCAAGGAAAACCUCAAGACCGAGUGCGAGGCUCAAAUCGCUCGCGCUUGCAGAGAAGAGUACGCUAACAAGCUCGAUCAAGCACCUUACAAACCUCGUGGAAUGGUUCUUGGUACCACCCCUCGUGUUCUCGCCCUUUCCAACGGUGCUGGAAAGCGCAAUGAUGCUAUCUGCUGGGCAUACGUUGACGAGAAUGGUCGUGUGCUCGAGAACGGCAAGUACUCUGACAUCCGUAUGGGUAACAAGGAAAAGUUCCUACCUGAUGGUGCCGAUGUUGGCAACUUUGUCGAUCUUGUUGAGCGUCGUAAGCCUGAUGUCGUUGCUGUCUCCGGUUUCUCUGUUGAGACUCGCAGGCUAUACAAGGAUCUUCAAGAAAUUAUAGAGAGCAACGACUUGCGCGGCACACCCUACGAAGAUGAGGAUGGCUCAGAACAGAGUGAUAAGCUUGACAUUGUCAUUGCUAAUGACGAGGUCGCCCGUCUCUACUACACAAGUGAUCGCGCCACGGCCGAACACCCUACUGUCCCUCCGCUUACCAGAUACUGUAUCGCUCUCGCAAGAUACAUGCAAAGUCCUCUGAAGGAGUAUGCUGCCCUUGGUCGCGACAUUACAUCCAUCUCAUUCACAUCCAAUCAAAAUCUCAUCCCUCAAGAAAAGGUUUUGAAACACCUGGAGAUGGCAAUGAUCGAGACUGUAAACUUGGUCGGUGUCGACAUCAACGAGGCUAUCUCAGACUCUUACACCGCCAAUCUGUUGCAAUACGUCUCUGGUCUUGGUCCUCGCAAGGCCGCACAUCUACUCAAAGUCAUCAAUACCAACGGUGGUGAGCUCAACACACGAUUGGAGCUUAUCGGUAUCAGCGAACGCGCAAAGAGACCGGCUCUCAGUGGUCCCAAGAUCUUCGAAAACUGCACAAGUUUCCUGUACAUCAAUUACGAUGAUACGGAACCAGACUCUGACUUCUUGGACAACACCCGUGUGCAUCCCGAAGACUAUGAGACUGCAAGAAAGAUCGUGGCCGAUACUCUGGAUAUGGAUGAAGAAGAUGUCAAGGCUGAGAUUGAUGAGGCUGGUCCCAAUGCUGUUGUCCGCAAGCUUAUCAAGGACGACGCUCAAGAUAAGCUCAAUGACCUUGUUCUUGACGACUAUGCAGAGGAGAUUCUCCGCAAGCUCGGUCUCAAGAAGAAGGCUACCCUCGAGCUUAUUCGUGGUGAACUACAACAGCCCUACGAAGAGCUUCGUCGUAGCUUCUACUUGUUGUCAACAGACGAGGUCUUCACGAUGCUUACUGGUGAGACCAAGGAGUCGCUGACAGCAGGCAUGAUCGUACCCGUGUCUAUCAAGCGUACAUUCCCCGAUCACAUCGAUGUCAAGCUGGACUGCGGUAUCGACGGUUCUGUCAACGAGCAAGACUACCCAGCAGGUGUCGGCAACGGUGGAGCAGAACCUCGCCAUGUCUACCAAACACAUCAGACCGUCCAAGCCAAGCUUCUCGAGAUUGAGCCCAAGCGCUUUACAGCACGUCUUUCGCUCAGAGAAGAAGACUUGCGCGAGCCUUUCCGUCGUGAAUUCGACCACGAACCUGGACAAUGGGAUGAGCAACAAGAAGCACAAGACAAGAAGGAGGCCUUGCACGAAAAGGACGCCAAGACCGGCAGAGCCCAACGUGUCAUCAAGCAUCCUCUCUUCCGCCCCUUCAACUCUGCCCAAGCAGAAGAGUACCUCGGAUCACAAGCACAAGGUGAUGUUGUCAUCAGACCAUCUUCCAAGGGUCUCGACCAUCUUGCUGUAACAUGGAAGGUCUCGGAGAAUGUCUUCCAACACAUCGAUGUCCUCGAGCUCGACAAGGAGAAUGAGUUCUCCGUGGGUAGAACACUCAAGGUUGGCGGCAAGUACACGUACUCCGAUCUCGACGAAUUGAUCGUGUUGCACGUCAAGGCCAUGGCAAAGAAGGUAGAUGAGAUCAUGACGGACGAGCGUUUCCAGAAGGGCUCGAGGGAAGCAACGAACGAAUGGCUCAAUGCCUACACGGAAGCCAACCCCAUCCGCAGCAUGUACGCCUUCUGCAUCAACCCCAAGUAUCCUGGUUACUUUGAUUUGUGCUUCAAAGCAGGCGCGGGGGCUAAGGUUUCUGCUUGGCCUGUCAAGGUCAUCCCCAACGCGUUUGAACUUCAACGUCAUCCUUAUCCCGACAUGAGGGCGUUGAAGAACGGUUUCAAGUUGCUGUUCUCAAAGCAGAGUGCGGGUAAGCGAUAG